AUGGAUGUCCCUUUGGAGAGAGGCUUAUGGAAAGGUGAAACUUGUGGAACAGCUGCCAGUGCUACUGAGGAUGAAGCAGGAACCUUGAAAAGCCCAACGAUAGCAGAUAGAAGCCCCUGUUCUGAACAGAUGGCCAUUCACCUGUGUGAGCCAUUUACAGAAAGUGCCAGGUGUAAGCUCUGUCCAAACAACUGGGUUGCACGGGAGGGGAAGUGCUACUGGCUUUCUAAAGAGAAAUGGCAAUGGCUUGGGGGCUACAACGACUGUUCCAGGAAGAGAUCUCAAAUGCUCGUGGUCCGGGAUUGGGCAGAAAUGGAAUUCAUACAGGACUUCACUCAAGAGAAAUAUCCUGUCUGGAUUGGACUUAAUGUUACACAUCUGCGCAACACCUGGAUCUGGGUGGAAGGCUCAGCCUUAAAUCAAGCCCUGUUCCCACUGCCUCUUCCAGGAACUGGAGCUGGUUGUGGAGUUGUGAAAUCCGGUCAAGUUCGCUCUGAAAUGUGCACCGCUGAAUUUAGGUGGAUUUGUGAAAAAGAAGCCAUUUUGUUCUAACCUGUGAAAGCCAGCCAUAUGCUAAUAUGAUAAACCAUUUUUAUUUACCUGAACCACAAAGGCUUCAUGAGGGAGAGCUGCUAUCCCAAGUAAUCAUCAUCCCCUCUAAUAAAAUUAGGUGGUAGCUUCUGAACGCUCAGGGGACUCCUUAGAUAUGCAGACAUAUAUAUAACUUUGUAAAUUGAAUGUCCAAGUAUUUUUAUUUUUUAAUUCCUGAAACAACCUCCUGAACUCGGUGACCCCCUUCAGUCCAAGCCCCAUAUCUCUGACACACUCUGCUAUCUUGCAGUGUUCAUUUGUUUUUCUAGUGCAGCACUGGAUGUGGUGAGUACGCACUUGAGGACUGCCUUCUGCACUGAAGCCGUGCUGGAAAUGGACAGGGCAGGGCAGAGUGGGAUAGAGGCGUCCUAUUGUAUGCCAUGGUGUGGUCUGGAGAAUUUCCCGUGUCGUAUCUUCACUGGUUUCAAAGUUUUUGCAUAUUAGUAAAAUGUAAGUAAAAGACAGUCAUACCUCGAAAGUCGAACGCCUUGCAAUUCGAACUUUUGGCUCCCAAAUGCCACAAACCCAGAAGUGAGUGUUCCGGUUUGCGAAUGUUCUUUUG